ACAUGAUAUGAUUAGAAUUUUGUUUGUUAUACUGUUUAAUUUUAUUUUGUCACUACGAUUAUUUAUAAAUACAUUUUCCACGCUUAAAUUCAUGUCACAGACACUUUAGAGAUUGGAUAUUGGUGGUGAUUGAAAUAUACUUAGUGUAACAAGAAAGUGUUAUCAAGAUGUCUAAUCUCACCGAAGAGCUUGUCUACUUAGUGUUACAAUAUUUUGACGAGGAAGGUUUAAGGGAAACCGCACUCACGCUAGGGCGUGAAAGCGGGUUGUACUUUGAUUUGAAGUAUUUUGAGGACUUGGUACUUGCAGGAAAGUGGAAUGAUGUUGAGAAAUAUCUUUCGGGAUUCACACAAGUUGAAGACAAUAGUCACUCAAUCAACAUAUACUUUGAAAUAAGAAAACAGAAAUACCUCGAGGCACUUGAUAGCAACAACCGUAGCGAGGCUUUAGAUAUCCUCAUGAAGGAUCUGAAAAUCUUUGCCUCAAGGAAUGAAGAACUAUUUAAAGACUUGACUCUGCUUUUGAGAAUUAACAACAUAAGGGAGCAUAAAUCACUUUCAACGUAUCAAGAUGCAAAUUCUGCGAGGAAGAAAAUGAUGGAUAAAAUUAAGAAAGUCAUAGAGCAACAUCCUAUGUUAGAUGGAAAAUUGAAAUUCCCUGCCAUUGAAAGUCAGAGGCUUAAACAUAUGCUAAAUGAAAGUCCCACACAACGAUUAUAAGAUUGGCGUGUUGGUUCAAUUGAAGAAUUAGAAAGUAAAGUGAUAAAGAAGUCUUAAGUUUAUUCUAUCAUCAACAAAAUAUAUUUACAGUAUUAAUAAUACUAAUUACUUUGACUAUUUAAUUUAAUUCAUGUGUUAAUUGGCAUGU